AUGAGUUCCUUCUCAACGUCCAGCAGCAGCAGCAACUACAAUAACGGCAACAGUUGUAAUUACAACAAGGACUUAUUAGUGAAAACUGGCGACCUGCAAAUACCGACCAGCUACGGGCAUCUGUCAGCCAAAACUUGGGGCACCGAUGGCGAGGAUCGGCUGCGAGUGCUCGCCGUACACGGUUGGCAGGACAACGCAGGCACCUUCAACCGCCUCUUUCCCCUUCUCGAUCACCUCAAUCGCCUAUAUAUCGUCGCCCUGGACUUGCCCGGUCACGGACGCAGCUCCCAUCUGCCCAAGGGCGUCCCCUACACCGACAUGACGUGGGUGAUUGAACUGAAGCGGACGAUCGACUACCUCGGCUGGAAUGGAUUGUCAUCAUCCUCCGCCUCAUCCUCAGCCUCAUCAUUUUUAAACCAGCCCCAAACUCCGAAACUCCCUUUCCCCAAGAAAGGCGUCAUCAUCAUCGCCCACUCAAUGGGCGCCAAUGCCGCCGUCGAGCUGGCCGCUCUCUACCCGCAUCUGGUGCACACACUGAUCAUGCUGGAUACUGUGAAGCUGCGCGUCUUUCCUACCGAAAACCUCGCCGCUGAGAUGGGCCGCGCCAUCGAGGUGUUCAGCAACCACGAGAAGAACACCGCCUUCCGCACCACCAAACCGAUCCUUUUUGACCUGGAGCGAGCCCUUUCGGUGAUCAUCGAGACGCACGGCAAUGGAAAGCUGACCAAAGAUGCGGCCGUCUGUUUGAUGGAGCGGGCGAUGCAGUGGACCGGUCGACAGGCGGGCGGCGAUGGAAAGCGAGGUUUUGCCUUUCUCAGAGAUCCAAGGCUCAUCUGUCCGGUGUACCGCAAAUUUGACGCUCCCCAGCUGCUCAACUACCUCUCCAGCAUACGGUGCCGUCUGUUGAUUGUCCGCGCUCGGGACACCCAUCCGAUGCUUCGCUGUCCUCAUGAGGAUCAGUUUGUAGAGAUGUACCGCGAGCACUGUGAGGAGUUUGCCUUUCAGGCGGUCGACGGAGAUCACUACGUUCACCUGACUGAAGCGGCUAAGGUGGCACCCUACGUGAACGCCUUUCUCAGACAGCUUUUUGACUAA